GUGAAAAUGUAUCUCUCUGUGUGAAGGGAAGGGGAUUCGUGAAAUAUCUUGACGAUUUUUUCAUUAAAGGGGAAAAAUGGUAGCCUAGCCUACAUUAGGUCAGUUUUGGAGAUGAUACCGUAAUUUCCAGUUGCGACUGAGUUGACAGGGGUGGAGCUAAACUGCUUUCCAACUCACCUUGCCUCAGCGCAACACUCAGGUUAGCCGUAGAAAUCUUAGGCAGCACGGUCGUAGUUGACAUUUAAUUUUUAAGAAAUCUGGCUUGAUUGUUGAAACACUGAAAAUCCCAUUUUAGUGGUCUAUGAUAGACAUUCUACUAUAGGGGAGUUUGCCGCUUUAACGUUGGAUGUUUGAAGUGGAGAGCCUGAUAUUUUGUACGGCAAACAUAUUUCAACUCGUCAGCAACAAGACAUAUUUUGACUGAAGCUCCGACAAGUAUUACUGUGGCCCUCAGGGCUCAACAGCAUCAGCACAGUUGCCAUGACUCCCAUUGCUCAGUGAGGACCACCUCUUUCUCCCACACUAUGGUCUAAACCCACACAGCACGGGCACCAGCAUCAUGAUGGCCUCCGUGGUUGCCAAUGGGAACCAAGGCAGCCAGUCGCUGGUCCUGAAGGGGGUGGACCCAGAGACAUGCAUGAUCGUCUUCAAGAAUCACUGGGCGCAGGUGGUGAAGAUCUUGGAGAAGCAUGACCCGCUGCGCAGUGGUGGAGGUGGCGUCUCAGCGCUGCGUGGUGGUGGAGGUGGCAUGUCGGCACUGGCAGGGCUGGGUGGUGGGGUCGGGGGCCUGGGCGGUCUUCGCUUCGGGCCCAUCCCGGGCGACGAGGCCAGCGCCGUGCAGAACUACGUGGAGCACAUGCUCUUCCUGCUGAUGGAGGAGGAGAGCGGGCAGGAGGGCGCCAUGGGCCCCAUCCUGGAGUUCGUGGUGAUGGAGAACGUGAUGGAGCGCCUGUUCCUGUGGAGCCUGCGCCGCGAGUUCACCGACGACAUGAAGCUGGAGCAGCUGAAGAUGUAUGAGAUGCUGGUGGGCCAGGCGCGCCAGCCGCUGCUGCACCACAAGCCCGUGCUACGGCCACUCAUGAUGCUGCUGUCGGCCUGCUCGUCGCCGGGGCCCGCCGCCGCCGCCGCCUCGUCGCCGGCCGUGGAGGCCGAGCUGGUGCUGCUGCUGCACCAGCUGUGCUGCGUGCUGGCCAAGGACCCGUCCGUGCUGGAGCUCUUCUUCCACACCAGCGAGGACCAGGGCGCCGCCAACUUCCUCAUUUUCUCGCUGCUCAUCCCUUUCAUCCACCAGGAGGGCGCCGUGGGACAGCAGGCUCGGGAUGCACUGCUGCUCAUCAUGGCGCUGUCCGCCGAGAACCACGUGGUGGCCAAGCACAUUGCAGAGAAUACCUACUUCUGCCCGGUUCUGGCCACAGGUCUGAGUGGCCUGUACUCCUCGCUGCCCACCAAGCUGGAGGUGGGCAGUGAUGAGUGGCACUGCCUGCACAGAGAGGACUGGCAGCAGAUGCCUGCCCUGGUGCAGUUCCUCAACUCCCUUGAAUUCUGCAACGCUGUCAUCCAGGUGGCACAUCCCUCUAUUAGAGAUCAGCUGCUGGGGUACAUCUAUAAUGGCUUCCUGGUACCUGUUCUGGCCCCAGCUCUGCACAAGUUGACUCUGGAGGAGGUGAUGACCACCACGGCCUACUUGGACUUGUUCCUUAGGAGCGUGUCUGAACCAGCGCUCCUGCAGACCUUCCUCAGCUUCAUCCUGCUCCAUCGCCACGACAGCGUCCACAUCCUUGACACCCUCGUCAGCCGCAUCAACGUACCCUUUCAAUUGGGGACUGUAUCCUUGGCCUUGUUCCGCACUCUGAUUGGCUUGUAUUGUGAGGAUGUCAUGUUACAGCUCAUAUUAAGGUACCUGAUCCCGUGCAAUCACAUGAUGCUGAGCCAGCGAGCUGUACUGAGGGAGAGGGACUGCUACUCCGUCUCCGCCGCUAAGUUCCUGUCCCUCACACCCUCCUGCUGCUCCCCAGACAUCAUCCCUCCACCCCUCCGACAGCUGGACGGAGUCCUGUGGUCCAAGACUGGAGAUGGUGCUCACCAUGGAGCUAUGGGUAAGGAAAGAAGGGGAAAAUGGUGCGCAGAGACUGAUGAGGACUGCUCUCAGAUGGACAGCUCGGGCCACUCCUGUGUCAUUGGCUCGGAGAUCUACAUGGACGCCAGCUACUUGCAUUACCUGUAUGAUGCCCGCAGUGGGAUCAGCAGUUGCAUCCGUGCCUGUCAGGUGUGGUCGGCACCUUAUGACGGUGAAAAGCCACCCCCUGAGGAGUACCAGCCCAGCACACUAGAGGAAGUGGGCAGACCGCGUGCGCCCACACUCUCCCGAAAGCCGCCUGCCGUCCCCCAGUCCCACCGCCCACUGAAGCCCCGUCCAGACCCUCAGAGGGACUCCCCUGCUGCCCCUAAUUUACAGGAGCUCGAGUGGGAUGACAGCUACGAUGCAGGUUCUGCUCAACCCCCAGCAGAGCCAGAGGUCACUAAGCCCAUGCCGGUGGAGCCCCCAAAACACAUCCAGGAGCUGAGGAAAAAUGCCAUCAUGCUCAUCAAGGGCUCCUACAUCGAGGAGUCCGAUUUUCAAAAUGACGUCAUGGUGUACAACCUUGUGGCACAAAAGGAUGCGAGUGACCCUGUUGAACUGCCCAAAGCUGUGAGCACAGCACCUGUAGACAAGCAAACAAAUUCAGGAAACCCAUUAACAAAUGCAAAUAACCACCAGCUUAGGCAGAACUGUCAGGAGAGUGAUGGGACGGUCAGUAAUGGCCUCAGCCUUUCUCCCCUACAUAGUGUUGAGGAGGAUCAGGGCAUAUACAGUUUACAGGCUCAGUCCAGUUUGGAUGGUGAGGAGCUCUUGGCUCAGUAUGAGGAGCUGAUCCAGACCCUGGGGGUGGAGGCUGGGAGUCCCAUCAGAGCGGAGCGGGACUUCCAGCAUGCCAUUUCCCCCACGGAGGAGGAAGAAGAGGAAGUGGACUUUACCUUUUCCGCCGAAACGCCAGAGGCAGAGAAGAUCCCCUCACCAUUUGUAACAAAGCCUCGCAGUGGGAGCAGGACCCAUGGAGUGCCUUUCACUGGGCCAUUUGUGAGUGUGCUGCUGUCGCGUCUGGAGAACAUGCUGGACAACUCGCUACAUGUCAACCUGCUCCUCACGGGCAUCCUGGGUCAGCUGGCCACCUACCCCCAGCCCAUCCUGCGCUCCUUCCUGCUCAACACCAGCAUGGUGCUGCAGCCCAGCGUGCGCUCCCUCUACCAGGUGCUGGCAUCUGUGAAGAAUCAGAUUGACCAGCUUGCAAUGACCCGGAAGGACUUUUCAGAAUUGCUGACAACGGCCCAGCAUUCCCUACUGGCCAGAGAAAGUUCACUCUGGGGUGAAGAUGUGCGGCCAGAUUCUCACAGUUUGGAGAAUGGGGAUGGUGGAAAACCAAAACCCAAGACCAUCCUGCCAGCCAACCGCACAGAGGUGUACGGCACCGUCCUGUUUACCGAGUUCCUCAAAGAGCUGGCAGCCAUCGCCCAGGAGCACACCAUCCUCUCCCACCUCCCCAUGGAGGAGUAGCCCAUGGAGGAGUAGCCCAUGGAGGAGUAGCCAUCCUCACCCACCUGCCCAUGGAGAAGUAGCCACCCUCACCCACCUGCCCGUGGAGGAGUAGCCCAGGACUCUGAGAGGUGGGAUGGGAACACAUGUGAACAUUCUCCAACGUCUUAAGAACCUUUCAAUAAUGAACGUCUCAUUCUUCUCUGCACUAAUAGAUACCUCUUGGAUGGAUGAUUAAUUAGCUACUCAGUUUAUUUUAUGAAACACAUGAUGACUAUAUUUAAAGUUGUGUGAGUUUUUUUCCUCAUACUCCAUAAAUACUUUUGAACCAUUCCCUUUUAUCUGGAAACAUCUGAUCAGUACCCUUAGUGGCUUAGCUGCCUGUGGACAAUCCUAUGCAAAGUGUCUUACGUGCAAGGAAUGCAUCCCAUCGUUCGUAUGCAUACACAGAAGGUGACCUACAUUGGUGGCCUGCUCCACCCCACCCAGGGGAAACCGGACACCAGUGAACAGCCCUGAAACAGGACACCUGCAGGAGGAGACCAAAGACAGAGGAGCAGGUGAAGGGCAGCCCAGCGCAGCACAGGAGGGAGUCGCUGACCGCGCUGUCUGUCAGCACAGCUGUGUGAAACAGGAUUGUUUGUUCAUAGAAAGAUGAUCAUGAACUCAGAUGGUGAUAUCUCAGAGGGUAGAUUCAAUUGGUUGUUGUACACUCCAUAUUGUGGCCUUACAGCAUUAGACUGUUUGUGCCUCCUUUUGCUCAGACGAGCUCAUGGACAACACUGCUGCCUACAUUUGAUGCAAUGCUUUAUAAACACAACGGUUCUUCCCUGGCUUUUUUUUCUUCAUUUUGGGGGGUUAUAGGCCGAAAACACUUACUCCUGGAGUCGUCUUUGCACUCAAUCUUACACUAAAAGUGUGAUUAAUCGUUUUUACUCACUGAAGUUCUAUUGGUUCCAAUUUCACAAAACAGUUUGCAUGCAUUUUUUGUCUGUGAGAUUAGUUUGCUUGCUUGCCAAUUUGAUUUAAUUGUCCUAUGAGUUAAGAAAAAAGCGCAAUUUAUUUUUGGCUGGAUUCUGUGAUGGUACGCACAGAGGGUAUAGAAGGACAUAUUAUUAUUCUGAUGGUUUCUGACCUUGCCUUUGCACGAGCAAUGGCCUUUUGGAAGUCACCAUGCCUAGUUUUAAUCAUGUGAGCACCAUCAUUUAAGUUCCAACUUGCUUCACUAUUUCUACUGACACACAGUACCGUUGAUGUCAACUCUUUUUGAGAGAACUUGGCUAGCCACCCAGUGCAUUACUGACGUUGAAGUGGAUAUUACUUCAACAACAGUUGUAAGCCUAAGGAAAAUAGACAAUACCUCAUUGAGUUGCAUUGCUCAUCAGUCUCCAUUUCACAACCCCACAGCAAUUAAACAUAUCAUAUGACACACCCUGUGUGUCAUAACCAAUAUCCAAGCCUUACUCCAUAUUAGAGUUAACACAUGUACGGAAAUGGUUGUGUUAUUUUAAUGCAAACAGGAGAUGUGUAAAUUGAUAUUUUGACAUUUAGUAUACUGUACUGUUUAUAAAUAUUUCUGAUGGGGGUGGGUAUUUAAACCGUUUUGUAGAAAGAGAGAGAGAUUCUAUUGCCAUAUUUUUUCACAGAAGUUGUGUGGGAGUUCUGCAUUUUUCUGCCUGUCAUUUCUAUUGGAGUUGACAUCUAGUGUGUAUAUGUGUAUAUGUAUGUGUAUGUACGCAUGCCUGUAGGUAUGGCGGCAGAUUUCUACCACAUAAGCACAAUUUGUACUGAUUCUGUUGCGGUGAUUAAUGUUGAUCUAAGCCUGCAUGGAGUAUGCUGUAUGCCCCCAAGACUCAAAAGAGUUGCCUUGGUUUUGGAGGAUCUUUUUUACAAUUAUGCAUAUUACAUACAGGUGUGUCAUCACUGUAAAAUAAAAGAUAUUUAGUUACAAUCUUUUUCUUAACAAUCUUCCACCAUGUCAAAGAGACAGGCUGUAGGCUACGCACCGUGCUUGCCGUAGGAACCAAUUGUUGUGGUAUAAUAAAGACCAUGUUCGUGACGGCAUGAACCCAAAGAUAUUUAUAAAUGAGUGUAUGGUCAGGGCUUCUGUUUGUGUAGAGUGCUUCAUAAUAUUUCUUGUGCAUUCCUCAUCACAGUACUACGGUAGUCUCCUCAAGGUAACAUCCUUAACAACUUGAAAUGUUAUUAAUUUCUUCACAUCUUCAUUUUGUGAUCCUUGGAUACAGAUGUGGCUGUCUAAUUGUACAUUUUAAGCCCAUAUUUCCCUUGAAGCUCUUGUAGUUAAGACUUUUUUAUGUUCCCAUUCUGUGGAUUCUUGUUUUUAUUCUGUCUGUCAUGCACACAUGUAUGAUGUCUUUAUUAAAGAGCUCUUUUACCUUA